AAAAAAGGAAAAAUGCCUAGUAUUUAAAUGUGACAUUCUUUAUAUAUAUAUGUAUAUUUUUACUUUUUCUUUAUGAGUAUGAAUCAAGACAUUACGUUUCAACAAUACCAAUCGGAAUCGCAAUUACCUGAUAUUAUUCACUUGAUUGAAAACGAUCUUUCAGAACCUUAUUCAGUCUAUACCUAUCGUUAUUUUAUUCAUAACUGGCCUAAUCUAUGUUUUCUUGCUAUGCAUCAAGAUAGAUAUGUCGGUGUGAUUAUAUGUAAAUUAGAUAGACAUAAAGAUAGAUUACGUGGCUAUAUUGCUAUGUUGGCAGUAGCAAAAGAAUACCGUAAAUUAUCGAUUGGUUCCAACUUGGUGAAAAAGGCAUUAGAGGCCAUGAAGACAAUGCAUGCAGACGAGGUUGUAUUAGAAACAGAAUAUACCAAUCUAGGUGCACUAGGUCUCUAUCAAAAACUAGGCUUCAUCAAAGACAAACGACUUUACAGAUACUAUCUCAAUGGUGUAGAUGCCUUUCGACUUAAACUAUUCUGUAACAUGAUUCAUUAAAAACUCUUCUGCUACCACUGGAUCCAACAUGAGUUGAGUCGCUAAUGUAAAGACCGUAAAGACGCCUUCCCGCAUCCCUUCUGAAACACGCUUCAUGCGUGCCUCAAACUGUUCAAGUUUAGUCAACAAAGGCACGGCUGGAUCAGACACAUUGGCUUGCUCUUCAGGCACUUCAGUCUGAGCCAUGGCGUCCAUGGCUAGUUGAGAAUUUG